CAUCAAAACAAACUCGAGGAACUGUGAUUGCCAUCACUUUGGACCGAUAUUAAAUAAUCAGCUAAUAUUUAAAUAACCAGCACGAUAUGAGCCGUAGGAAAAGAGCAAAGGUGGAGUACAGAGAAAUGGAGGAAAAGUAUAAUCAGUUGGAAGAUGAGAAUGCCUCGGAUACAUCAGAGAAAUCUAAAACUGGUCUCGUAACACCUGAGAAAAAAGUAUCCAUUGAGAUAAAAAAGGAUUCUGAAUCUACAGUACCUGCUCCUGUACCUUCUGUCUCAAAGUCUGAGGUUAAGGAUGAUGAUGAUCAAGAUAGUGAUCAUGAAGAUCCACAUGUAAAGGAAUUGUUAAAUGGAUUGGAAGGUGCAGCCUUUCAGAGUCGUCUUCCGUUUGAUAAAUUGACAUCUACUGAAGCUGCUUGUUUUCCUGAUAUCGCUGGUGGACUAUUACAAACACAGAAAGUAUUUUUACACAUUAGGAAUAGACUUCUGCAAAUUUGGUUGGAAAAUCCAAAACAGCAGUUAAUCAUCGAAAAUGUAUUACCACAAAUUGAAUCACCUUAUAACAGUGACACAGUACUUGCUCGUAGGAUUCAUGCAUUUUUAGAGCGACAUGGUUUCGUAAACUUUGGAGUUUUUAAACGUCUUAAGCCUUUACCGACUAAAAAGUUAGGCAAAGUCAUUGUAAUAGGGGCUGGUAUUGCUGGAUUGGCAGCAGCUCAACAAAUGCAACAAUUCGGCUUAGAAGUAAUUGUGUUGGAAGCUAGAGAUCGUGUUGGUGGACGAAUCGCUACGUUUCGUAAAUCAAAUUAUAUUGCGGAUUUAGGAGCAAUGGUAGUUACAGGUCUAGGUGGAAAUCCUGUAACGACUCUUAGUAAACAAAUUAAUAUGGAGCUUCAUAAGAUACGUCAAAAGUGUCCAUUGUAUGAAAGCGAUGGUCAAACGGUUCCCAAAGAUAAAGAUGAAAUGGUUGAAAGAGAAUUUAAUAGAUUAUUAGAAGCGACUUCUUAUCUAUCGCAUCAAUUAGAUUUUAAUUACGUAAAUAGCGCAGGAUCUGGAGGACAGCAAAGUAGUAAUGCACGUCCAGUAUCUUUAGGACAAGCAUUAGAAUGGGUAAUACGUUUACAAGAACAAGGUGUAAAGCAGCGUCAAGUAGCGCAUUUACGUUCAGUACUUUCGUUGCAAGGACGAUUAAUCACCAAUCAGCAUAGAAUGAUCUCUAUUAUGGAUCGUUUAAUGGAACUGAAUAAACAAUAUAAAGAAUUGACCGAAAGUAAAUUACAAACUCGAGAUAUAACGCAGGAAUUUGUGCUCCGAUCUAAGUUACGUGAUCUCCAUAAUGUUUGCAAGGAAUGGGAUCAAUUAUCAGAUCAACAAAAAGAAAUUGAAGCAAAACUACAAGAGUUGGAAGCAUCACCUCCUAGCGACGUCUAUUUAUCAUCCAAAGAUCGGCAGAUACUGGAUUGGCAUUUUGCGAACUUGGAGUUUGCCAAUGCAACAUCUUUGUCGAACUUGAGUUUGAAGCACUGGGAUCAAGACGAUGAUUUCGAAUUCACUGGAAGUCAUCUAACGGUUCGCAACGGUUAUUCUUGUGUACCUGUUGCUCUCUCGGAAGGACUUGAUAUUCGAUUGAACAUAGCUGCCAGGGCAGUGCGAUACGGGCCAAAUGGUGUAGAAGUAUGGGCCUCACCCGCCCGUAGUUUGCACACAAAUCACACCAUUUAUAAAGCGGACGCCGUUCUGGUUACACUACCUCUUGGAGUCCUUAAGACUUCCGCACCGCCUUCCGGAGUCACCUUCAAUCCGCCACUUCCGGAUUGGAAGGCUCAAGCUAUUCAACGGCUUGGUUUUGGCAAUUUAAAUAAGGUAGUACUAUGCUUCGAGCGCAUUUUCUGGGAUCCAACGGCCAAUUUGUUCGGCCACGUGGGAAGUACCACCGCAUCGCGUGGCGAGCUCUUCCUGUUCUGGAACUUAUACAAGGCACCAGUUCUAUUGGCCCUCGUCGCUGGUGAAGCAGCUUGCGUAAUGGAAAAUGUCAGUGACGAUGUUAUCGUCGGCCGUUGCAUCGCCGUCCUGAAAGGCAUUUUUGGAAACCAAGUGGUACCGCAACCGCGUGAAAGCGUCGUGACGAGGUGGCGGGCGGAUCCUUGGGCACGAGGUUCUUACAGUUUCGUCGCGGUCGGCAGUUCCGGCAGCGAUUACGAUCUUCUAGCAGCACCCGUCUCACCUCCGCACUUAGUUAAUCAACCCCCACCGCAGCCGAGAGUCUUCUUCGCAGGGGAGCACACUAUACGGAAUUAUCCAGCCACCGUACAUGGCGCAUUCCUCAGCGGCCUUCGUGAAGGUGGACGUAUAGCCGACCAACUUUGUGGAAGUCCUUAUGCGCCACCAACAAUGACAGCUUCAGUUCCGCCAACGACGGGGAUCACGCCAACAGUAAAUACCGGCAGCAGUUCGACGCCUUAAUAUUUUCGCAUCGACUAUGUCAUUUUUGUCUUUCUGUAUGCGAAGAAACUCCGAGGAUGGUCAUUUACGAAGAAACUCUUCCUUGAGAUUCUUCCGGAAAAAAAAAAAAAAAUUCUUCGCGAUAAUCUCAAAUCAUGCGACAAC